UUUACCUUGUUGAUUUUAUAGCGAAGCGCUGCCGAAGUGAAAUGAGAUCAUUUCGCCGUUCAAGCUCGUGGUAUUUCAGAAAAUUUCUUAAGUGUUUUACUUCGGUCGUUACAAAAUUAGUGAGUCACGAAAGAUGUCGUCACAAGAGACACUGAGUGUUGGAGGUAGCGAGGGGGAGCAAGGACUGAGCUUGAGCAGUGGGAGCGAAGUGGAGAGUUCAAGGAGUGAGAGGAGUGGGGGGGUUGGAGGUGAGGUGGUAGAGGUGGUGGGGUACGAGAGUAUGUGGAGGAGGAGGAGUGACCUCUCCCACCUAGUAGAACAGUAUGCCAUUCCGGGGCACGUUUUACUUAGGCUGGCUAGGAAGAGGGAAAGGGCGUGCUCGGUUCCAAGGGAUCAUUGGAUGCCGGUGUACGGGCACUACUUAAUAGCUGGGCUUAGGUUCCCAGUGCUUGAGCUGCUAGUGGCGCUGUUGCUGGAGUACGGGUUGGGGUUGACGCAGCUCGUCCCCAACGCAGGGGGUAAUAAUGGGGAGCGGGGGUGGUUUUAUUUUACACCUCGGGUGGCUGGAGGAGGAGGAAGGAACCUGUUCCAUGUAGGUCUUUCCUCUAUAAAGGGGUGGAAGGAUAAGUUUUUCUUUGUGGAUGACACGAAGUGGGAGAAAUCAGAGGUUGGGGUAACGGAGCUCAGCAGGUGGAAGAGGAAGAAGUCGAAUCCGAAUCAGUAUUCGCUGAGCUCAGGGGAACAGGAGGAAGUGGAAAGGUUGGAGAGAAGAGGUGGGGAUGUAAUGGACAUCAUGCAUUUCAGUAGUUCAGCGAUGUUAGAGGCGGCAGAGGUCUAUGGACCGAGCUCUAUGACUGGAGAGGAGAUGAACCGGCUGAUGUCCAAGAGAAAAACGGUAGCACUACUGGAGAAGAGGUCGACGGCUCCGGCCGCACCCUCAGUGGGGGAAAAGGUGCUUGGUGGGACUUCGAGGUCUCGCCCUGAGGGGAGUGCCCGAGCUGAGGAGCCCCAAACCGAUGCGCUGAUCAAGUUCGUGCCUCGACCUCCGCCGGUGCAGAUGGAUCCAUCUCUGCGCAAAGUGGGGGUGGUGGGGCAUGGGAAAAGGAAGGAGUCCCCUAUUUCUAGGCAGAAGUCAAGCUUUUACGAAAGUACAAGCAAGACAACUGCAAAGCGCUUCAUCAGGUCCAAUUUUCCUGAGGUGGAUCUUAACAGAGCCCAGCAUCAGACGGUGAAUCUCAUCAAUGCCUUGGCGGUUGUGUACUACGAUUGCCUCAAAGAGAGGAACAACCUGGUUGACAAGUAUGACGAGCUCAACCUGCGGAAGCAGUUGGCUGAGCAGAACUUCAAUGACCUAACUUCAAAGCUCAAGAAAGUUAGGGAGGAGUUGGCUUCUACCAAGGUAGCCACCGAUGUUGAGGUGGAGAAGAGGAGAAGAGCCGAGGAAGAGCUAGUUAAGGCGCGAGGGGAGUUGGCUGAGGUGCAGAAGAGAAUUGAGCUGGAGGUGCAUAACUCGGUUGAGAAGCAUGUCUCUGACUUCGUCAAUUCGGAGACGUUUUCAGAGAUCGUGGACCUCUUCCGCAUGCCUACACUGGUGAUGGCAUUCAAUGACUGCCGGAAGAAGGUGAAGGCCCAGAAUCCUGAGGUCGUUGUGACAAAGAUCACUUUCGGACCUGAGGAGGUUGGAGUGGAAGAGGAUGGGGAAAGCAGAACAGCUGAGUUCUGGCCAGACAUAACUAUUAGUUGGGAGUGGGACGAGGUUGGACGAACUGUGCUCCUCCCACGUCUCGAGUACGAGUUCGUCGUCGUGGACGAAGAUACCGAGGCUCUAGCAACUGCCGAGGUCGGAGAGAAUGCGGCUGAGCAAGAGGUGGAUCAGCUGCGUGUGGUGAUCGACUGACUUCGGCCUAUCCCCCCCCCCCUUUUUGUGUCUAAUGACAAUGUACUGUUUUUAGUAGAAUUAAUGAAAAGAAUGUUGUAUUCUAGUGUUUUUGUAUGGGUGUGUGAGUUCGUAGUACUGGAUGAUAAACAUUAAAAGCUAAUGCGUUAA